AAAUUUACAGGUGAAAGGCUGAUCUUCGGCAAAACUAAUCGCGCCAAGGCCGAUCCAUGUCUCACGAAUUCGCAGUGCAAGUUGAGCCUCUCGACGAUCAACAUCUUAUUCUGACGACCUCUACAACCAUCGCGCUCCCUACACACGAUGACUACAGCUCACAGGCCUACGUUUGAUCCCGCCCGCGGAAAAGACGCGCAGCGCGGACCGGCGUAUCACCAACGGCUCCUCCCAGCUCACAAGGUCCUCAAGCACAGGCAACCUGGCCAAGGUGGAGACGCAGACACCAGCAUACGCGACCUCCGCGCAGAACUACUCCAAGCUGAGGCAGCACACUUCGCAAACAAGAACGGCGGAGCCAUCGCAGAACAAGACGACACCUUCGAUACCACAUCCGCAGCAUCCAAGCGAUUGUUAGACGCAUCCACCGCAGACGACGAAGACAACGAGGAAUCCGAAGCGAAGCGGCGGCGGAUGAUACUGGAGGAGGCCAAGGACAUCGAUGCAGAUUCUGAUGGCAGCAGUAGUGAGAGCAGUGACAGUAGUGAUGAAGACGACGAUGAAGAGGAUGAGACAGCAGAGCUGAUGCGAGAGCUCGAGAAGAUCAAGCGGGAACGGGCAGAGGCGAAAGCCAAGGAGGAAGCGGAGCGAGCAGCUGAAGAAGAGGAGCAACGCGAGUUCGACAUAGCUCGCGGAAAUCCGCUACUCAACCCCAAGGACUUCAACCUCAAGCGACGAUGGGACGACGACGUCGUAUUCAAGAACCAAGCCAGAGGCACAGAGGACAAGAAGAAAAAGGAAUUCGUCAACGACAUGCUGCGGUCGGAUUUCCACAAGCGCUUCAUGGGCAAGUACGUGCGCUGAGCUGAAUCCAUCGUGCUUUUGCGUCUUUGGCGUCCUUGGUGCUGGGCGCCUUCGCUUCAACUCCGAUUGGCCAAUGGACUGGACUGGAGGGGCAGAAAGUGACGCAUGCAUCAUGUCCCACCUAGCGUUAUCUUCUGAUGAUCCGACUCGAACUGGAACAAACAAGCUGAAGGCACCGCUAUCCAUGCUGCAAUCCAUG